AUGCUACGCCCGUCACCGCUCUUCAACCUCGCCCUUAACCUCCUCUUCGCAUCGACAGCCAUAUGCCAGACCUCCACCGCGAUCCUCACAACGACCGAGACCGCGUCCGUGGCAAUAGGAGGUCCUUGCGCUGAUUUCGUUGGCGCUUGUGUAGUGUAUGGAGCGCCUGGUGCGGUGCCUUGUACAACCACCGUUUAUGCUGGGAACAGUCCUCCACCGACGACGACUACGAAGUUCACUUAUGCGCCGGCAGAGUCUGGAGUCGCCUCCGCGUGCGAUGGCUACACUGGAGCUUGCAUCGUCUAUGGCACGGAUACGAUGGGGAGUGAGGUGUACACGAGCACGGUCUAUGGUGGGGAUGCACAGAGUAGCAGUAUUAGGAAUGCGGAUGGGUACAUUGGACCGAAGGGAAGUGGAGAUGGGUAUAUCGGCGCGGCGGCAAGGGUGGGCAUGGGGCUGUUGAGGGCGUUGGCCUGUUUCCUGGUGUGCAGUGCUGUGUUGGUGUUUUUCAUGUGA